AUGGAUGCGAAUACAACAGUUCGGCUAUGUUCUACAACAAACAAAUCGCCAACGAAGGGCGCAAGUUGCAGCAGCCCCGGCCGACUCACUGGGACAAACUUCGGGAUACCUGGACGAAACGCAACAUACGAUUAUGUUAUUGUUGGCGGCGGACUUGCAGGAUCUGUCGUCGCAUCUCGACUUACGGAACACACCAACGCCUCCGUUGCUCUUAUAGAAGCAGGUAGCUUCUACGAACUCACAAAUGGAAACUUGAGCCAAAUUCCAUACUGGUCGGAAGAAUGGGUCGGAGCUGGGCCCGACGAGUGGCAGCCACUUAUCGAUUGGGGUCUCUUCACUGAGCCACAAGUUAACGGCGAGCGAGUUCAUUAUGCGCAGGGAAAGAAUCUUGGGGGCAGCAGCGGAAGGAAUCAGAUGAUGUACCAUCGACCAACCGUAGGCUCGUUGCAGGUUUGGGCUGACCAAGUCGGCGAUCAAUCCUGGACUUGGGAGAAUAUGACCAAGUACUACGAGCGAAGCAUGCAGCUCACACCGAACGUAGCCAACAGAACUACAGCCGACGGAAGUUCGGUGUACGACGCUGGCGCGUUUCCCUCCAGCGAGAACAACCUUCAGCCACUGCAUGUCAGUUAUCCGGGCUACAUCAACCCGCUGUCCCAGUAUGCUGCUGCGGCCUAUUCUGCGAUCGGCCUACGCCCAAUUCCAGGCUUUGCUAGUGGAGUUUUGGAUGGCUUUGGCUGGUGGCAAUUCACGAUCGAUAGUGAGACUGGGCUUCGGAGUUCAGCCGAGAGCUCCUUUCUAGCCCAGGCGUUUGGACGUCCAGGAUUGACAACCUACAUCAACGCUCAGGGAAGGAACAUUAUCUUCGAGAAUGGCACAGCAAUCGGCGUCAACGUAACCUCAAAUGGCCAGCGACCCUUUACUAUAUCCGCGCGCAAAGAGGUCAUUGUGUCUGCCGGAGCUUUCCACUCACCUCAAUUACUCAUGGUAUCCGGAAUUGGACCAAAAGCCACACUCGAUGAAUUCGCAAUAAAGAUUGUCAAAGAUCUUCCAGGUGUGGGUCAGAACAUGUGGGAUUCGUGCAAUGUCGGUGGACCAGUCUACGAAAUCUCAGUCCCUGGAUAUUCGUACUGGCAGCAACCGGGGCCGAUGCGAGAUGCCGAAGCACAGCUCCUAGAGAAUGGUACUGGUCCCCUGACGAACAUUGGUUUGGAUGUCGGUGGUUGGGAAACCUUCCCAGAUCGAUCGAACUUUAGCGAAACCACACAGCAAGCUCUUUCUUCCAUCCCGGCAGACUGGCCGCUCAUCGAGAACUCUGUAACAAGCUCGAGCAGUAUCUUGACUGCAUCAGACUCAUCUACACAGUAUGGCGCCAUCGGCUGUAUUCUCAUAGCACCAUCCAGUAGAGGCAACAUGACCAUCCAGUCCGCGAGCAAUUUGGAUCCGCCGAUCAUCAAUCCCAACUGGCUGGGUCACAGCGCCGACGAAGAAAUCGCAAUUGAAGCGUACCGUAGGGCUAGACAAGCUUGGCAAGCCAUUCCUGAGGGCAUUCGCAUUGGGGACGAAGUCUCGCCAGGUAUGAAUGUCACGACCGAUGCGGAGCUGUUGGCCCACAUCAAGAAGAACAUCGCUCCAAUCCAUCACGCAUCAUCCUCGUGUGCGAUGGGUAAGAAGGAUGACCCAAUGGCAGUAGUAGAUUCCAAGGGUAGGGUAUUUGGUGUGCAAAGAUUGAGGGUUAUUGAUUCAUCGAGCUUUCCGUUCACGCCGCCCGGCCAUACUCAGGGUGUGACGUAUGCGCAUGCUGAGAAGCUGGUAGAAGACGUGUUGAACGAUUAUUUCGCUCAGAAUUAG